CCACUGAGGACCCCAAACUUUUCAGUGGCACCUCAACUGUCUGCUGCCUACACCUCCUCACACCAACGAAGAAAGCAGAACAAUUUUCUGGGCAGUAUCCAGGGGUAGUCUACCUAAGUUUGAGCCAACAUCCCCCUUUUUUGUUUCUCUAGUGCACAGGCCCAAAGACAAAGAAAAAAGAAAGAAGAUGAUAACCAUAAUUCCCUUGGCGUUAGUCUGGCUGAGCCUUGCCAACAACGCAUAUACAGCAGAGAGUCGCCUUCAGAUCUUUGCCAAUCCAGGUGAGAAUGUUAGCUUGCCCUGCCAACUGAACCGUUCUGAUGGCUUCACUUUUGGUGGGAUCGGAAACAGGAUCAAGUGGACCAAGCUUGAAGAUGAUAACAGCGAAACUGACGUGCUGCUUUCUAUGGGUUUCCACAAGAUCACACAUGGACGUUUCCAAAACCAUGCUCAUCUGCAGGAGGCUGAUGAAAAUGAUGCCACCCUGAUUAUUACCAACCUCGACCUGGAUGACUUUGGCACAUACAAGUGCGAGCUCAUCAGUGGCAUGGAUGACAUCACUGUGGAGAUGGAGCUUCGAAUGGGUGGAGAAGCAUCACUCUCUUUCGCAGGGGUUGUAUUCCCAUACUCGCCACGCUUUGGCCGUUACAACCUGAACUUCCAUGAUGCUGAGGCAGCCUGCUUGGGGCAGGAUGCUGUGGUGGCAUCAUUCGAGCAGCUCUACAAGGCCUGGAAAGGUGGGAUGGACUGGUGCAACGCUGGCUGGCUGCGUGAUGGAACCGUACAGUACCCCAUCACCAAACCCAGACAGCCAUGUGGGGGCAAUGCAGCUCCUGGACUCAGGAGUUACGGCCGUCGUAACAAGACCACCAACCGCUUUGAUGUUUUCUGCUACACCACCGGAUACAAUGGAAAUGUGUUCUUCGUGGAUCAGAAACUGACCUUCCUUGAGGCUGUGCAGGCCUGUGAGGAUGAUGGAGCUGAGCUGGCAAAGGUAGGGCACAUGUUUGCUGCCUGGAAGCUGCAGGGAUAUGACCGUUGUGAUGCUGGCUGGCUGGCUGAUGGUAGUGUGAGAUACCCCAUCUCCAAGCCCAGGAUGAAGUGCAGCCCCACAGAAGCAGCCGUCCGUUCCGUUGGAUUUCCCGAGAAGAAGCACAAGCUCUACGGUGCCUACUGCUUCAGAGCUCACCAGUAAUUUGCUACACCUUCCCUAAGCUCACACACCAACCAAAGAGCUGUAACACACAAGCGUUGAAACAUAAAACACGCAGAGUCAAUUAUCAUGAGCAUGCACAGAAACUGCAAUCUUACAUUUUAAAAGUAUAUACCGAAAUUUUUGUACUAUACAUUCCAAAUACACAUUGCAAAUGGUACAACAAUUAUUCAUCAUAAACAUUUUUAUUUUUUCUGUAUUAUUUUUUUAUUAUUAUUAUUAAUAUUGCACCAUUCAGUCAUGCCAUUUUCAGCACAUCAGUUGAAUUUGUCAAGGGAAUGUAAUCUUUUUAAAUAAAUAAAUAAAUAAAUAAGAACUUCCCAACACAAUUUUGACACAUCUGACGUGUCUCGUCAGAGCACUGGCCACUGCUUUUUUUUUAAACCUUUUUUCAUUUUUACACACACACACACACACACACACACACAUCCUUAAAAUAAAUGUAACGCUAUGAAGCAUGUCAUGAAUCAUAUCAUGAAAUGUAAAAUGAAUGUAUAUGACCCAGAGUGUCAGCAGCCUUGGUACCUACUUGUAACAAAUACUUUCCAUUAGUCUUCCUGCUUCUAAAAUUUUUCCCUCUUUUCCCCAGAAAACAAAUGGAACAUAAUGUCCUUGUUCUGUAAUAUGUGCUGAAGCACAUUCUUCCUAGUCUUUAUUGUUAAAGGAGAUAAUUGAUAAUACCAUUUGCCUAAAAGGUGAGCUAAGGCAAUAGUUUUGUUCAAAUAUUUUCUUCCCAUGCACCAAAUUUGUCCUAUCUUAUGAUAUCACAGCUAAUACAAUUUCUAUCUAAAAAAACAAAUAUGACAAGCUGCUGGAGACGCAAUGCAUUUUUGGUCAUUGCGGAAAGCUGCACAUGCAGUUACAUUUGACCCAGAGGCACAUGAAAUCUUUAAUAGGACCCAGUUGCUUACUAGCGACUGCACCGUAAAUGACUAAUCUGAGCCUUGCACUUGCAUAAUUGAGUGCCAACAAAACAUUGUGUCAUUGGGUUGGGUUUAUUAAAGAACACCAAUUUCUCAUAUGUUUAUGGAAUAAGCUACAAUGACUUGCCACUGAAAGCAGAUGUAAUAUUCUGUAUUUCUAUAGACGUGGGUUUGUUUAUGUGAUUGGGAAGAAAACUCCACCUAUUAUUCCUCUUUGUACUGCAAAGCUACAAUACAGACAAAUAAUGCUUCUUUUUAUGCACAAAACAUCAUUCUUUUUUUUUUUCAACUUAAAUACAGUGUAUUGUUUUUACAUCAAGUUUCGAAAUGGAAAAUAAAACCUCACAAAAAUUGAAA